CAAAAUAUCCUGGGGGUGGACCUUCAGCUAUGUCUUUGCUUCACAGAAUGUAACCAAUGUUGUCCAUCUCCAGUAGACCUUUCCGCAUCAAUAGAACGGGGAGCAAGAAUGUGGAAACCCAGAGACCUACAUUAUACUACCUGGUGAGCCUGUAGUACUUUGGCUAAUGAAUGAAGAGCCACUGAGUGCUACUUGGGGCCGUGGCAGACCUGGACAGAAGCUACGGUGGCUGCUGGGAGACAGGACGGAGGAAUACGAGCAGCAACGUGGACGCCAAACAAUUCUUCCAGCGAGGCGAUGCCGGUGAAUUUCGCAGUUGCAAUAUUGAAAGGAUCAACGUCAGGGGAUUACAUAAGUGGACGAGUUACUGCAGUGGUUUCAAGUCCAACGAGGAUCCAGUCACUCACCGUCAAGGCAAAGGGUAAAGCGAAUGGGCUGUCGAUCAUGGACCUGGAAGGCAUGUGUACCCUUUCACAUUCCAGCUUCCCAACAAAACUAAAGUCAGAAAUGUCUGGAGUUACGGAAACAUCACAACAGCUCAUGUCAGUGAAGAAGGAGAUAAAAGAAGAAGAAUUUGAGUAUUUGUCUGCAAUUCAGACAGUGGAAGAAAAGCGUGGACUGGAAUGUGAAUGCAAGACUGAAAUGUACACGCCACCAACCAUGACCUUGAAAGAAAAAACGUAUUCACCAAUGGAAAUUAAAGAUGAAGAAGAAUUUGAUUUAAGUGAAUAUGGUCACUAUGUCUCUUCUCCUACAAGAGACAUUCAAAGGAUCCAAUCUAAUAUGAAAGGGAACACUGAGGAAAAAAGAAACAAAGACAGAUGUCACAAUCAGUCAAAUCAAUCACACCUAACCGUCCAAAAGCAACUGGCUGCCGUACUGGUCCUUGAGCCUCAAGUCAGCAUUGGCACAGUCUGUAAGUGUGAACACCAUACUAACCAUUCAAGGCCAUUCAUAUUUACCGCUAGAAAAGGAUAUGGGGUAUUUUGUCAUUAAUUUAAACCAAUUUGUUAUGCCAAAGCAUAUGAGCUAACAAAGUAGAUCAAUCUAUAUAGGAUGUAGGCAAGGGAAUCAAGGGGACGACCAAUUUUUUCUUUGUCCUUUAGCGAUAAAUCAGGGUGACAAUGAGACAUCCACAUAAGUCAUCUGGAAGGGGUCUCUUGAUGAUAUCAUCCACCGCAAGGUUAAUCUAUUAUCCACCACCAGGAAAAUACUCUGUUUAUUUUCAUCAGUGUCAACAGGCCGGAGAAAACAAAGAAAAAAGCUUGGGAGUCAUAGCAUUUGGGCCAUUUGGCAUUUGGGAUUUGAAGGUUCAGGAAGUAACUGGAAGUUGGAGCUACUGGAGUAAACCACUGUGUAUGGUUUUUCUCUGCAGGGUAAACUUACUACUCUGCAUGAGGGAGAGGACUUUGGGCAGCUGGCCCUAAUUAAUAAAACGCCAAGACACCUCACCACAUGACUGUCACUUCCUCCAAGUAGGAAAACUGGACUUUGUGAGCAUCCUUAAGGUUAGAUUCCCAAGAGGAAAGGGUUCUGAAUUAUAGUAUUGAAAGCAGCAUGGGGCUGGAAUUAUACAUACAUGUGUUUGGUGCCUUUACUUGUACAUUUGUUUGGGUUGAGUUGUGGAUGUUUGUGCAUGUCUUGACACACUGGGUGUAUUGAAGGAUGUGAAUGCAAACAUGGUGCAUGUGGAAAGGAAUGGCAAACCUACUGAUCCCACCCUGUAUACACACAUGAUCAGACAUGAGUUGAACUGCACAA